AUGGCAGGAGGUGGACCCGAUGAUGGAUCGACCUAUGCGCCCCUCGUGGCCGCGGUCUACGUUUUCAACCUCAUCGUUGGUGCGGGUGCUCUUGCAAUGCCCAAGGCCUUUGGCGAAAGUGGUUACUUGGGAGGAAGUAUUCUGAUUGCCAUUCUGGCCUUCACCUCCUAUGUCACCGUCACCUACAUGAUCGAGGCAAUGGCCAUGGCAAACUGCCUGAUGCGCACCCUGAAGAAGAAUGCCAGCUCUCGCAACAAUGGCCUGAGUAUCGAAGGGCUGUCCGAUGAAACUCCCCUGAUCAACGAGAGUGUGACCCCAACUGAGCGCGCCAACUCGGCCGACGUGGCUCACUUUGGCGACUAUGCAAUCACUGAACGAGCAGAGAUGGGAUCAAUGGCGCAACACUUCUUUCCACCAAUUGGCGUCAAGCUCUUUUACUUUUGCAUUAUCGUGUACCUGUAUGGUGAUUUGUGCAUCUACGCCGUGGCCGUGCCCAAGUCGCUGCAAUCCGUCACUUGCCCUUCCCACAAUAGCACGAUGAUCAACGGCACUCACGUUCACCACCACGAGACCUGCCUUGGAGACCUCAACUCAACGGGCUCCUACCGCAUCUACCUGCUCCUGUUUGCCUGCUUGCUGGGCCCCUUUGCUUUUUUCAACGCCCAAAAAACCAAGUGGAUCCAGCUGAUGACGACCCUCCUGCGCUGGACCACCUUUAUGAUGAUGAUCAUCAUCGCCAUCAUGGGUCUCGCCGGUACCCAAACCUUUAACCCUCCCAUUGAGACGCCUUCCCCAGCCAGCGUGAAAGUGGCCACGGUCGAGGGCUUGCCCGGCCUCUUUGGCGUUGCCAUUUAUUCCUUCAUGUGCCACCACAGCCUGCCUUCCAUGAUUACCCCCAUGACCACAAAGCGCAAUGUCAAUGGUGUCCUCAUUUCUGACUUUGCCCUCAUUCUGGGUUUUUACUGCCUCCUCUGCUUUACCGCCGUCUUUCGUUUUCCGGGUGGGACCCUCGAGGAUCUCUACACACUCAACUUUAAGCAUUUUCAGUCGUCCUUUGUCAGCUACUUCCUCGGUCUUUUUCCCGUCUUUACCCUUAGCGCCAACUUCCCCAUCAUUGCCAUCACGUUGCGCAACAACCUGGCGCUGUUGUUGGCCAAGCCCAACGGCCAGCCACGCAGUCCCAUCAUCGAGCGGGUGGCGUAUCCCCUCUUGGCUAUUCUUCCGCCGUUUGUCGUGGCCUUUUUUACCGAAAAUGUUGAAUUCCUUGUCGGCAUUACGGGCUCCUACGCUGGUGUGGGUAUUCAAUACGUGAUUCCGGCUUGCCUGGUCCUCUUCGGCCGCCGGCGCCUUGAGCGUGAGUUGCGCGAGCGUCGCAACCCCCACCGCUCGGUCUUUGGCGGCAAGAUCUGGAUCUAUGGUGUUCUGGUCUGGUCCGUCCUGUGUAUCGCGCUCGUCACGUUCAACCACAUUUACGAGGGCAAAACCCCCGACCCCGAUUUUGUUGUAAGUUUGCUGCUUUGCCACAAGAGCCGCAUCAAUUGCAAGCUGUUAUGUUAUGAGCUUUCCUGUCACAACAUCUACAUUUUUUUACUGCGUGCGCAACUACACCAAUUCUUCCAAAAAGUGGGUUCCACAAAGCAUUUUCUACACUACGAUAUCAAGCCAAGAAGCAAAGCACCCAUCCCCCGUUGCUCAAUCACCCCUGCCCCGGCUCUUGCGCUAAGACGAGACCCUUGUCACUCUGAGAACAACAUCAAAGCGAAGUGUUAA